AAUGAUACCGUGGAGUAUAUUCUUGUUUCAUUCACUGCUGUCCUCUUUGCAAGGAUCUUAUUGCAAGCUUUCUCCUUUGAGAAGAACUUUGAGAAAUGAGUUUAAUGCAACUCGACAGAAAAGAGAUCUUGUAACAGCUGAGGUUCAAGCUGCCUCUUGGUCGCACCUUCAUGGGGCCCAGAUGCAGAGUCCACCAGGAGGUUCAUGUCCUCAGGAGUGCCUUAAUGGAGCAGCCUGCACAGAGGCAGGUGAUUGUGACUGUCAGUUAUUUCAGGCUCAAGGAAGCAGGUGCCAAAUUGUACCUAACACUGGUAAGGACCGAGAUGGGAUCUGCAAGUCGUGGGGACAGUAUCAUUUUGAAACAUUUGAUGGCAUCUACUACUACUUCCCAGGAAAUUGCUCCUAUAUUUUUGCAAAAGAUUGCAGUACUCUAGAACCUCAGUACACUGUUUGGGUUCAUAACAGUCCUCACUGUUAUGGUUCUGUAUAUACUUGUCAGAGGUCCAUCAGCUUAUUUUUUUCGAACCAGGAAGAAAUAAUUAUUUCAGGCCAUGAAGUAAGAAAAAAUGGAAUCAGAUUAAUGUUGCCUCAGACAGUUGGAAAUGCUUUUCUUGAGAGACUGGCUGACUAUAUUCUGGUGAAGACUACAUUUGGUUUUUCUCUUGCUUGGGAUGGAAACUCUGGUAUUUAUAUUAAGCUGACAGAAGAUCAUAAGGGAAAACCUUGUGGCCUUUGUGGAAAUUUUAAUGGCAAUAAAUAUGAUGACCUGAUACUGCAAAAUAUUGGUGAUUAUACAGAGGACAUUGCUAAAUUUGCAAACAGCUGGGCUGUGCAAUCCUCAGGUGAUGUAGCUUGUAUGCCUACUGCCUCAGAUUUUUCCAGUCCUUGCUCAGCUAAUGGAGAAUCCACUGAGGACAUAUUCCUCAAGUGCCAAAUAUUCCUACAGUUUCCUUUUCUCAGCUGCCAUGAAAGCAUAGAUCCGUAUUCUUAUAUUUCAAGCUGUAUGAAUGAUCUUUGCAGAGUGGAUGAUGAUGAAACGUACUGCAGGGCAGUGACAGAGUACGCUAGAGCAUGCUCUCACGCUGGGUCCCCGUUGAGGGACUGGAGGGAUGACUUUCCUGCCUGUACUGAGAAGUGUGAAGACAGCUUUGUUCACCGUGACUGUAUCAGUUGUUGUCCACCAACCUGCACAUUUGAAAAAGAUUGUCUUGGCAGCAACCUGCACUGUUUAGAUGGCUGUUACUGUCCAGAUGGUCUCAUUAUGGAAAAUGGAACUUGUAUCUCUUUGUCGAGUUGUCCUUGUACUUAUCAUGGAACUGCUUUCCCUGUAGGCUCAAAAAUUGAACAAGAAUGUAGCAACUGUAUUUGUGUUGGUGGCAUUUGGAACUGCACUGAUCAUGAUUGCCCAGCUGAGUGCUCCAUCACAGGUAGUUCUCAUUUCACAACAUUUGAUGGGCGUCAUUUUACCUUUCUUGGGAUUUGCCAGUACAUUUUGGUAAAAGGCAGUGGGAAAAACAAAUUCACAAUCACUUUACAGAAAGCACCUUGUGGACAGAACUUUGACCACACCUGCAUUGAGUCUAUAACACUAGUCCUUGAAGAUGAUGUGAGGAAACAAGUAACUCUCACAAGAUAUGGUCAAGUCCAAACUGUCUCUAAUCAAGUUUUUAACCUCAAUGGGGCUAUUGAAAUUCAGAAUAUAUCCUCUUUCUUUGUGCAAAUGAAAACUAGUUUUGGUUUGAAGAUACUGUUUGCUAAAGAUGGAGAGAGGAUCUAUGUUCAAGUUGAUGUCAGAUGGAAAAGAAGAACAUUAGGACUAUGUGGAACGUACAAUGGGAAUUUAAGAGAUGAUUUUCUGUCUCCAGCAGGGAUGAUUGAAGGGACCCCACAACUUCACGCCAAUGCAUGGAAGAUUUCCUCAGCUUGCUCCAUACCUAUCAAUAUUCCUGUGGUCGAUCCCUGUAAUGUUAAUCAGCAAAAUGCUGAGUAUGCAUCUCACUGUGAUAUCAUCAAUCAAGAAGUUUUUGCUCCCUGCCAUGCCUACAUCAGUCCAGGGUUGUACUACCAGCUGUGCCGCUUUGACGCGUGCAAAUGUGGGAGCAGCUGUUUGUGUAACGCUUUGGCACACUACGCUUACGUCUGUCGCAAGCAUGGGGUCGUCGUUGACUUCAGGUCUCAUAUUUCUUACUGUGCUGUAAUGUGUCACAGUGGUAUGCUUUAUCAUCAGUGCUCUUCCUUUUGUAAACACUCCUGUGCUUCACUUUCUAUGGCAAAUAUCUGUGGUGAUGACUGUGCAGAAGGAUGUAAUUGUCCUGAUGGGAAAUAUUUUGAAGAGUCGGUCAACUUUUGUGUAUCGAUAUCUGCCUGUCAUUGUCAUUACAAGGGCAAAGCCCUCCAGCCUGGAGAAAUCCUCUCUACGCCAACAGGCUCCUGUCAAUGUUUGAAUGGAACAGUGAAAUGUAUUGAAGCCACUACAGAAAAUACAGUUCACAUAUGCCCAGAUGGAAAAAUCUACUAUGACUGCAGAUCUCCUGUGCCUGGAUUACCAGCAGCGGGUGUGAAUUGUGGGAUCUCUUGCGCAAACCUUGCCAUGAACUUCUCCUGCGUCCCCUCUCCACCCUGUGCAAGUGGCUGCAUUUGCCCCCCUGGGAUGGCUGAGCAUAGAGGGAAAUGUUAUAUUCCUGACAGUUGUCCAUGCACCUGGAAAGACAGGGAAUUUCUGUCAGGAGAAGUGAUAGCUACACCAUGCUAUACCUGUGUUUGUCGGAGAGGCAUAUUCAAUUGCACCAGUUACCCCUGUCCCGCUGUAUGCACUAUUUAUGGAGAUCGACAUUAUUAUACCUUUGAUGGACUGGAAUAUGAUUAUGUCAGUGACUGCCAAACUUACCUGCUAAAGAGCACAGAUAACUCAAAUAUAUCUAUAAUAGCUCAAAACAAAAAGUGCUUUGACAAUGAUAUUGUUUGCUCGAAGAAUGUUUUCAUCACUGUUGGAGACACUGAGAUUUAUUUUAGUGAACCUUCUGAGAAGCAGAAGACCUUAGGGGGACAGGAAAACAAAUCUAAAUAUCGACUUUGGAAGGCUGGAUAUUAUACUGUGAUACACUUUCCAGAGCAGGACAUUACAAUUCUGUGGGAUAAGAAGACUAUGAUGCAUGUUAAAGUUGGACCUCAAUGGAAGGGUAAACUGGCAGGUUUGUGUGGAAAUUUUGACAAAUAUACUUCAAAUGAUCUGACUACAUCAAACAACAUGGAAGUGAGAAAUGCACAGGUGUUUGGAGACAGCUGGGUAUUAGGACAGUGCAAGAGCCCAAAUGGAACACUAAGACCAUGUGAUGUACAUCAGAGCAAGUUCCCUUAUGCCAAAAAGGAAUGCUCAGUUUUAUACAGUGAUGUUUUUGCACCUUGUCGCAAUGUGAUUGAUGUGACUUCUUUUAUCAAAAAUUGUCACACAGAUACAUGCAACUGCAAUCUUGGUGGGGACUGCGAGUGUUUGUGUACCAGUAUUGCAGCUUAUGCCCACAAGUGCUGCCAGCAGGGAGCAGCGAUUCACUGGCGAUCUCCUUUGCUCUGUGCUUAUGACUGUGAAUAUUACAAUCAAGGUCUUGGUGAAGGACCCUAUAUUUUGGCAAGUUUUGGAGCAAAUGACACAAUUAUAGGGGCUAAUGUAUCCAGUAGAAGGAUAUUUCCUCUGCCUAGAACUGGAGCAUACGGAAAUGUAAUUUUCAGUUUCAUGAUAACUCCAGGUCUUUUCAAAGAUAAAGAUCUUUCUCUCUCUCUUGUUUCCCUGGAAUCUGCUGAAAGACCAAACUACUUUCUGUACGUACAUGACAAUGAAACCAUUGGGUUGGAGCAGUGGCAGGCGAGUGCCUCCUUUCAGAGACGAGCCACCUUCUUCCACCACCAUGGUCUCUGGAGUCCAGGGCUCAGUGCCUUUGAACUGCACAGUAAAAAAGGCUUUUUCAUCAUUCUCACCUCAUCCAGUGUUAAAGUGGCAAAGUACAAUGAUUCAGAAGAAUUUAAACAUUUCAGUAGUUUUAGCAUUGAAGAACUUAGUGCUUCUGUGCCUUAUAGAAGGAUCUGUGAAUGGCGAUAUGAAUCUUGUGCUAAUCCUUGUUUUAAGACAUGUAGCGAUCCUGAAGGAAUAGCAUGUAAAUUCCUUCCUCCGGUUGAAGGAUGCAUGCCAUACUGUCCCAAAAACAUGAUCCUUGAUGAAGUCACACAUAGAUGUGUUUAUCCAGAAGACUGCAUACCUGUGACACCUACAGCAUCAGAAAUUGGAACGAAACCUUCAUUGUUAAUCUCUCAUGCGGAUGCUACCUUGGAGAGAUUUCCUCAGAAAUCUCCUUUAUUUGUUACUUUGGGGAAUGAACCAACUCAUAUUGAUGUGACAGACAAAAUAACCAUGGAGGCAAACACAACUUUAAGGGGAAUGAAUAUGUCAGCACAGUCCAUUACAGACUUUUACUCACUAGAAGCAUCUAAUGCAGCCACCUAUUCAACAUUUUCAUUACCAAGUACAGUGAACGCUUCUAAUGUACUUCACGGCACAGCCAACCCUACUGUCCUUUCCAAACUCAUCUCUUCAACAUAUUUUCCAACUCUUCUUCAAGCAUCAGCAGUCACAUCACAUACUGUCAGUUCUAAUACAUCUUUAAUUUUACCUAUUACAACAACAUCUUCGACAGCCCUGCUCAGUGCAAGUCCUAUUCCAACACAUUCUGCGUUAUUAACACCCACCUCCCUAGCGGUAGUUCCAUUUUCACUUGAAACACCAGCCACUCAGGAACAGUUUCCCCUACCUCAAAUUCCAGUUAUAGACAUUCUGACUUGUGUGAAUUUUUCUAAAUUCACUUUAAAUAUAAACCCUUCUUCCAACCUUUCAGCAGCACUAAAAUCAUGCAUUGUAAUGUCCUCAUUACUAAUGCCUAAAAUUUCUGAAGCCACUUUAGAAAGCCAGUCCUCUAUGCCUUCACCUCCUCCUAAGACCACUCAUAUCUCUAAUGUUUCUCUAGGAAAGCAGAGUUCUUCAGUAAGUUCUGCAGAAGAAGACGGAAAAUUAUCAGCCAUAUCAGCUGGAAUCAUCACUCAAUCCACUACACCAGUGAAUGCCACAUCCUCAAAAGCACCUUAUAUUUUUGCAAAAAUACCACCUAGCUCUUCAGCCAGUUUAUUAGUUACUUCAGGCACUACUCUAGCCUCUAGGAUUACUACAAAAACCACUGAUUCUUUUGUUGCUGAUUUGGAUUUUUAUAUGGCUUCAACUUCAGUUCUUACCACCAUAGAAACACACAAAUCUUUGUUUACAGCUGCAGUAACUCAAGCUUCACAGAGCACUAAAGAAACUCCAAAAAUUAUUGUAAUGAAAACAACUGGUACAACAAGUCCAUUGUCACAGAUGAAGAGUACCUCGUAUACAGCUUCAGAAGUUAAGUACUCAACCUCAUAUGAGAGAUCUGUGGAAAUUUCACAAAGUGGUCAGACUUCACAUGAGCAAAGAAAUGUUACCAAGACAAAGGAAACCACAACUGACAAAUCUUCCCUUCCUUAUUUGCCAGUAACUGCAGUUCAGAGUUCGCUUUUUUCAAGAAAUACAACCUCAGUAAAAAAUAUCUCUCUUUCUGGAGUCCCAGGUCUAACAACAUCAGAUAGGUCCAAAAUCCCAACACAGAAACCCAUUAAACAUUAUUUUAGUUUAACAGAGGCCACAGAGAGAACUAAAAUAGGUUUAUCUCAUUCUAGUGGUGGAAUGGCUCUGCCUUCCUCUUCAGAAACAACAGCUGUAUCUGACAAGGCUUACUUUGGUACGAUGAUGCAUACACUGAUGCCUACAUCUUCUGAGUGUGUGCCAAGAUAUCUUGAAUCUGAUGACAAAUGUAGCCAGUAUGUAUGUGUUAAUAUGGGUUGGAUGUUAUACAACCUUUCAAGAAACUGCCCUAAGGAUGUGCAAAAGCCAGAUUGUGGUUUUCGAGGAAUGCCUGUUCAAGUUAACACUGAUAGCUGCUGUCCAGAAUGGGAAUGUCCCUGUCAAUGUUCUGUACUGUCUGAACUGAGUAUUAUUACAUUUGAUGGAAACAACAUAGCCCUCUGCAAUAUGGCUUCCUACAUUUUAGUCAAGUUACCAGGAGAAAUUAUUGUUGCUCAUAUUGAAAAAUGUCCUGCUAAUCAGAGUGCAAAUUCAAUAAGAAAACUAGUUCCACCUGCAAGCGCUUCGGGUCUCUGUUUUAAGAAAUUAAAUGUCACAACACCCACAUAUAAAAUGCUUAUCAAUCGCUUAGCAAGAAAAGUAGUAGUGGAUUCUGUAAUUCAACCAUUACCAUUUUCAAAAGAAGGACUGAGUAUUCAGGAUACUGGCGCAAUGUACGUUGUUAAUACCCCAGCUGGUAUUAGCAUCAAGUGGGCUCAUGUUACAGGCAUCAUAGAUAUACAGUAUGGAUUACACUCUAACACAUCGAUGCACACAGAAGGACUUUGUGGGGUGUGUAAUGGAGAUCCUAGUGAUGACCUGAAAAUGCAAAACAUGACCAUAAUUACAAAUAUGGAGGAAAUUGAAAUGUUCAUUAAGAGUUGGGAAAUUGAGAAAUCACUUGAUGUAACAACGAGGAGGCCAGUAAGAAACUGUACUGAAGAUAACUGCACAUAUUGUAUGGAACUGUUAAAUAGAAGCAUUUUCAUUCCUUGUCACAAGAAAGUGUCACCACAGGAAUUUUGCAAGAAGAUGUGGAUCAGCAGUACUUAUUUUUGGAAUUAUGAGUGUGAUGCACUUUCUGCAUAUGUGGCUUUGUGCAACAAGCACAACAUCUGCAUUAAAUGGAGGACAGCUGAUUACUGUUCAUUGACUUGUCCUGAGGGCAAGGAAUACCAGCCUUGUGUGCAACCCUGUGAAGCUAAGACAUGCUUAAAUAAAUGGUUCUAUGAAGAUUCUCCCUGCUCCUAUUUGAGGGAAGACUGUGUGUGUAAAAAUGGCACCAUUCUGCAUAGAACGGACUCUGACCUCUGUAUACCAGAAGAAAAAUGUACAUGUACAGAUAGUAAAGGACAACCCCGCGCUGCUGGGGAGAUCUGGAAUGGGUCCGUGAGAGGCUGUUGCAUGUAUGGCUGUUUAGAAAAUGGAAGCAUUGUUGCUGUAGAACCUGAAUGCAAUGAGGAUCCACCGCCAGUCUGUGAAAGAGAAGGGGAAGUUAUUGUCCGUGUCAUUGAAGAGAGAGCUUGCUGUCCCAAGAAAGUUUGUGAAUGUAACAUGUCAUUGUGUGAUGCCAUUAUUCCAACAUGCAAACCCAAUGAAAAAUUAGUGGUAGGCUACCAUCCCCUGUCCUGCUGUCCGCAGUACCGAUGUGAAUGUGAUCCUUCAGUUUGUUUCAAUGCUUCCCAGCUGGACUGCAGAGAAGAUCAAUUUAUUGUUCAAGCAAAACAGGAAGAUCCUUGUUGUUUCUCACAUCUCUGUGUUUGUGAAUCCUGUAUUGAGCCUGUUCCUUUGUGUGAUGAAGGGGAAAUUCUCACUGUAGACCUUAAUACCAUACAUUACUGUUGCCCUCAUUACUACUGCGUUUGUGAUGAAAAUCGUUGUUCUGAGCCUCCUAUGAUUUGCACAGAUGAUAUGACACCUGUGAAGGAAAAAAUACUUGGGCAAUGUUGUCCAGAAUGGCACUGUGAAUGUAACUGUGAAAAUGCUACUAUGCUGACCUGUAAAUUGGGAGAAGUUAAAAAAAUAGAUAGUAGCAUUUCCAGUGCUUGCGGAUGCACUCACUACAUUUGUGAGAAGGAUGAUGUGUGCAUCUUCCAAGAGGUCACAGUACUGAAUCCUGGACAGUCAGUAAUUCAGUACUUGGAUGGAGACCUUUGUUACACUGUACAGUGUUUACAAGAAAAGGAUCAGAACACAGGAUACAAUGCCAUGCAUUUCACAAUGAUGAACUGUUCCCAGCAAUGUGAAGCUCAUCAAAUAUAUAUUCCUUCCUUCAGUCACCAUACUUGUUGUGGUGUGUGUCAAAACGUGUCCUGCUCUUUUCAUACGGAGAAUGGAACACUUAUUGUGUAUGAGGAAGGAAGCACCUGGAGCUCCAACUGCACCAACUACAAAUGUGAGAAGACUACUGCAGGGGCUAUCAUACUGGGGUCAAGUGUUGUCUGCCCCCCGUUUAAUGACACUGAGUGUACAAAGAAUGGAGGAAUUGUGCAGACGUAUAAUGAUGGCUGCUGCAAGACCUGCAAAAAGGAAGAAAGAAUUUGCCAGAAAAUGACAAUCAGAACAACCAUAAGAAAAAAUGACUGUAUAAGUCAAAGCCCGAUAAACGUGGCUUCUUGUGAUGGAAAAUGCCCGUCCGCAACAAUUUUCAAUGUCAAUAUUGAUAGCCAUUUAAGAUUCUGUAAAUGUUGUCGAGAAAUUGGAACACGUAAUCUGACUGUGCCACUGCGCUGCUCAGGAAAUGGCACUGAAAUUAUGUACGUCCUUCAGGAGCCUAUAGACUGCUCCUGCCAAUGGAACUGAACAUCGCUGUGGAUACAAUUUUAACUGAAGAAAUAAAAUGAGUUUCCUUUCACCAGACAUGACUUUUUGACCAUGGAUGGUUGUAGUACUCUGCAGGGAUAUAAAAAAGUCCUCGGUUGUGCUUUAUAAUGUAACUUUUUGCAGAUUUAGCAAAAAUGUUGUUUGUUAUUCUUCAAAUUGUCUUUUAAAAUAUUGGCAUGUAUAGAAAGAAAAACAUAAAUCCUUUUGGACAAGGUGUAACCAUCAUUUAUUUCUACUUAGUGGCUUUCUGAUGAGCUGUUGAAAGCUGGUUUAAUGUCUGUGCUUCCAAUGUUUUAAAAUUUUGGAUCAUGGCUACCUAUCAAAGUUGAGAAUUUCUCAAUGGUUCAUUUAUUUAGAGACCUCCAGUUGAAAACUAUCACUGGUCCCAUGUUUAAAGGGUAAAGAACAUAUUAGAGCUUUGAGAAUGACUGAAUUAAUUUAUUUAAAAAACAGUGAGUUCAACUGCAACACAUUUUUUCUUGCUUAAAAAUCUAUCUUUUGUCCACUAAUCUGUAAUCAAUGAUUGUACUCUGAUUACACUGUAAGUCACUGAGAAACAACACGACUAUGAUCUGUAAGUACUUGCAGGAAAUCUUCAGAGUACACAGCAGAAUCGUAAUAAUACCUUUAAACCUUAGACAUAUAUUUAAUUUUUAUGUAUAUUAUAAAUAUGAAGCAUGACCAGGCAAAGGCUGAAGAUUUUAAGAUUUUGUGCCUUUAUUAAAAAUAUCUAAAGCUGUUUAUGGUAUGAAAAAUUCUAUUUUAUUUCCAUUUUUCACAGAAAAGAAAUUGGCUCUCUACUAGCUAUAGAGUAAGAUUAUAUGUAUAUAUAUUUAUUAAAAAAACCCAGAACAUUGUAACUAGUCAUAAUAGGUUUCCAGUCUGAAGAUUUGUGUUCAGUAUAUUUUUAUAAAAUGCAUUUUUAAAAAAAAAUACUGAGAUUUGGACUAUUUACUGAAUUUACAGUUCACAAUUUUUGAGUCCAGGAAAAAAAAAAUCAGGUAAAAUAAAUGUUUUGAAGGGCUUAGGUGAGUUAUUCAUGCUCAAUCAAGCUGUGAAUGUCCAUGAUUCAGCACCUUAGGCUGAAUGUAAUCUCCCCUUUAUUAAACAUAUUAUAUAACCUUCUCUUAAAAAUUAAGGAUACAAUUUUGAGUUUGUUUUUAUGAGAUUACUUUGCUUUAUAAACUCACUGAAUUAAAAUGGUUUAAAGUAUGAAUAGUAUUUUCCUUAUAAUCAAAAUUGAUUCAGAAUUAAAAUUCUUGUCUAAAAGUCUGAAACCUUUUGACAAACAGUUAUAAAUUCAAGCUAUUAUCAUUUACUUACAAAAAGCUUGGAUUAUCGCAGGGGUUAUUGCAAUGAAAAAUAAGUAGUAUAAAAUUUGAAAACCCCUUUAAAACCCGAGGCUAUUUUGCUACUUUGUGUGACAAAUCUUUAAAUUUUUGUUAUAUUCAGUUUGAUGGUUUAUAAAGAAAAAUAGCUUAUCUAGGGAAAUCUGUCUUUACUAACGAGACUCAUCUACUCAUCCAUAUCCUUAAAAAUAGCGACUUGGUUUAAAAAUUAAGGAAGAAUCCAUUGUAUUAUCAGUAAAAUAUUUAGCCACUAUAAAGAAAUAACGAUAAACUCAGUGAUCAAAAUAAAGUGACGCUUUGAGAAAACAUAUGCUUCAUUUGCACAUUUUUAUGAUUUAUAUGGCAGAUAUUUCAAGUUGUAUUAGAUACCAGGGCCUAGAACCAAAAUGUUCCCCAAUACUGCCGCAAGAAUUUGUGUACAGAAACUUUUCAUGUGGGCGAGAAACAGAAUUUAAAUCAUAGUCAUAGCCAUAGUUUAUUUACUUGUAGAGAAAAUUAAAAGGACAACUUUUAAUAGAAAAAUAUAUCCUUAGAGCCUUUUGAUUUUUUAACAUAGAGAUAGGAAUCCUAUAUUUGCAUUAAGAGGGUUUGGCCCAAAACUUCUUAAUGAAUUUAGCAUUUGAUAAAAAGGAAUCUCUUGCAAUACAGCAUUUCUUGCUAUAUAAUCACUGAACACUUUAUGUGUUUUGAUUGAACAGUUGUACUUUUUAUAAGCCAUGUGCUUUUCUAAGUUUUAGAACUGUAUUUGUAAUUAAAAAGAAUUUAACAAGCAUUAUUUUGCAGAGUGAUAAUAAAUCAGUGCUGAUGCAAUAAUUUACCUUUGCCACUAAAAGUGAAUGCUAAUGCAAAAUCUCAGGCAAAACUGGAAAUUAAAAAAGCAGUUAUGUUUAAAAUUAACUUCGUGACAACCUGUAAUGAUAUUAAAAUGGUAUUAGAAUAUUUUUUUCCCACUUACCUAAUUUUGUUUUUUAAAAUGCAAUGAUCAGUAGGGACUGAAGCCUACAGCAAAAUCAUACAUCUUCAGUGCAGCUGGAUAGGAUGCUCUAACGUUGCCUUUCAUUUUACAAUUAAACUUCAGACUUGGGCUGCUUUGGCCUGGUCAGAAAGUGAACACCUAUUGAAAGCCAUGAACCAUUUCCUAGACAGCCAACCCACCACUGUUACCUCCAUGAAGAUGACAUUGGCACAAAUUUUAUAUACUCGUGAACUAACCUUUGCAGGCCUUGCAACUGAUAGAAGGUUUGAAUGAGCCUGCAGUGUGGCAGGACUGUUCUGCUCCAAAUGUUUCCUCUUUCUGCAAGUUAAAUAUAAACACAGACACAGAUACAGUUUGUUCUUCUGUUUUGGUUUUCUCAUCUCUCUUCAACUCUGCAUUCCUGCCUUAAAUUGUAACCCUGUAUGCACAGGUGUCUUGUGAGCUGCUUUGGAAAGCUGAGCCAACUUGAAUCUUAGUUAAAUAUGAAAAUUAAUGUCUGUUUGUUAUUGACUAAAAGAGCUUUAAUGAACACAGAAUUCCCUCCCUCCUACUCUCUCUGGAACUAAGACUCCAAUAAUUUCUGCUCUUCUAAGAGAAAGGCUGGGAGUGCAUCCUUCUGAAGCUCCCACACUGUCACUGAAAAAUGAGAGGAGCAGGGGAGAAGUGUGUGUGAUGGAGUGCAGUCCUGCUGCAGUCCUGCCAUGCCUUGUCAUUUCUCCCAUUUGUAGCUGCUUCCACAAGCCCUUCAUUCCUACAUUGCCACUGCUUUCUUCUACCUGUGCUUGCAGAAGUUCUACAAUAUAAAGGCUUAUGCAUAAACUAUGCAGAUAUUUUAGGGAUUUACAUAAAUAUAUGUCUAUACUUAAAAUCAGAUUGUACCUGAAUAUGCCUCUGUAAAAUGGUAAGUCUUUGCCCAUAUUAUUUAUAUUUGACUGCUGUAAUUUCACUGCCUUAUUACCAGCCCAUUUGUUAAGACCAACUCUUGCCCUAAUAUGCAAAUAGAAUUUGAAGCAAAGCUUUUAAAUUUAGGUUUAAGCCACAUAUUGUGUAUUUUCAUUAAUAAAAU